CGAGUGACAAACAAUGCGUUUCUCCUCUGCAAUUGCCCUCACCGUCAUUGUUGCUUUAGCAUCAUCGAUCUCUGCCAUGCCCACUGAAGGUUACGCAGCUGGCGCCAACCAAUGUGUCAAGCCUUGCAUUUCUGACUCACAAUGCCACAGUCUUGACUGCUCUUAUAAUCAAUGCACCAUUUUGUUUUUCUGCCUAGUGAGUCGUAUUUUUGCUUUCACAUUGGUGUAGUAUGGCCGUUGACAUUG